AUGCGCUGCACGAUGGCUGCUGGGAAAAGUGUCUGUCUGUUGUUCACCUUCCUUACUUUGACAUGCGUCUUUUCUCACCCUUGGACGCCGCAAAAUGAAGGCAGAAAGCUGUUUGGCGGUUAUACAAUAGUGCCAAAGGCGUGCCGGCCAUCAAUGCCGUCGAGUAUCAAAUCGAGCGGUCCGACGAUAUGCAUGUUCAAUUACGAAUGCACGCGGCGCAACGGCGAAGUCGUCGGCGCCUGCAUGGACGGCUUCCUCUUCGGUGCGUGCUGCCAAUUACCGUCGACGAGCUCGACAAGUGUAAACCGCGAGCCGCCCGGCACCGAGGAACUUCUUCAUCUGUACCAGCUCGACCAUGUACCCGACAUACCCAUUUUGCUGAAUCCAGACGGCACGCCCGUCGGCAUGUCUAUUCCGCCGAGCGACAAGCCUACAAAGAUCAACGAGAGACCGAUCAGUGUCUCGAGUUAUCCGUAUGGCGACGAGACCGUGUACACGAAAAUCUCCACUUCGAAUCAGGCCUCUUCGUCAACGCUACCGUUGCCCGGCAUGGCGAACAACGCCGAAAAGACGCAGCUAGUCGAGCAAGCGGACGUCAGUCACCUGGCCGAGAACUUCCCGGCUCUUCUGGGUCAGCAAGACAUCAUUGAUGACUUGAGACUGCCGGGACUGUUGACACAUUCGGAUUCCAAUAAUGAUAUCCAGGAUCAUCAGGAUCCGUCGGCGGUUAAUCCGAUCACUACGUUGUUGAAUCCGAAUCAGAUUCUGCAAAUAGCGGAUCCGGUCGAUCAGCUUCCGGCGCUGUUCUCUCAGGGACUAAGUAAGAACAAUCACAGCCAUCCGGAGACGAUAUUGUUGAAUGAAAAUGGCACGAUGCUCGAAGAGACGAACAAUCCGGAUGAAAUCUUCCAACCGUCCACCGAAACGUCGAUGGAUGAAAGGAUCACGCAGAGUGAAAGUACGUCAGAUAUUUGGAUCAAGUUUCCGGAGCAGUCUGCUUCUUCCACGGUGGAGUUUACGUCUACGUCGCAGUUUCCAAAAUCGACGGUAUCCGUGAUGCCGAAGACACCUAUGGUGACUCAGAUGUAUACCAACGCGCAGAAAUUUACGAACGAUAUACUUAGCACGCAACUGACCAUGGAAAGUGCAUUCGAGAAGGUGAACACGAUCGAAAAGAAGAUGUCUACGAAAGAAGCGACGAGUCCGAUGAAGCUCGAAGCUACCACGCCGAUGACAGUCUCCAGCAUGAAAGAAGAGCUGGUGAAGGUACAGACGAUUACAUACGACCAACCGUCAGGCAACAAGAAGAAGGACGACGUUCUCGAUAAGGAGGAGCUCGCCAUCAGUCACAUAAUCUCCAUUCUGAACGACACUACGCCAAAAUCGGAGGUAUCGGUGACCGUUCCGGCUGCAAAUUCCUCGCCGGUUCAGGCCUGGGUGAGCAUCGACGAGACUUCGAAGCCUUCUCACGUGAAGGUCAGUUCUUCGAACUAUCGACCUACCACACCUGCGCCCACGACAUUCUCAUACGCUUACUACAAACCCAGCUCUUUUCAACCCUCCAAACUUUCCUCGUCGUACUACAACUACGAGCUCAUUCCCACCGAGACUACUUAUACGUCACAGCAUUCGACCUCCGGUAGCAGUUUCGCCGAUGGGCCGACUAACCCUCCGGCACCGACAGUGAUAGUUCUCGGCCCACUCGGUACAGAGUUUAGCACGAAAACCACCCAGAAACCUCUUACGUGGAAGCCCUCGGGCACAACAAUUAAGCCGAUUUCAACCCCGAUUAAAACUACGCCUCUCAGACCUACGUUAGUCAAUACCAAGAAGCCCGGCGUGUCCACGACCAUAACCCAUAACAUUAACACCGUCAUCUCCAACGCCGCCACAAACAACGUAGUAUCCACCAGCUACAUCAGCGUCAAUCUGAAGGACGGCACGAGCGCGUCGCCGAUAGUCGAUGUCAGCACCGAGGCGAUCGUUACAAAACCCGGAAGCACGAAGCAGCGGCCGAGCACGAAGAAGCCUGUGAUCUGGACCACCGUGUCCUCGUGGUCGAACAAGCCGGCGUUCAAUCUGAAACCAUCGACGCCCAGCUUCAGCUGGUCGGACAAUCUGACGCCAAUCAGUACCCUGAUAUUCAAGGAUACCACGACGACUGUACCAUGCGAAGAUGAAACCGCGGCGCCGGACGAUCUCAUCAACUUUCCGCCGGUGCGGAAUCCGAAUCUCAACAUCUCCGCGCCGAUCUCGCAGCAGGAGAAACCGACGAUCGUCGAGAUAUAUAACAAGACCGGUUAUCCGGAUAUCGAGUUAAUUAGCGAAAAUGAUAUCCCGACGCCUACGUUCCUCGAAGACGCCGUGCUGACGGACAAAGUGGACGCCUUCGUCAACAAGCUUGUCGAGUCGCUUCAGGGUAACUUCCAGAGCCUGAAAGAAGUGGUCUACAAUGGAAAUGGCACAACGGCAGCCACGGUAGCACCUUCUAACGCAACAAAAAGACCGAUUAAUGGAAGCAUUACGACAAGGAGACCGACGCGAAAACCCACGACCAGACCGUCGUCCUUAUCGACAACGGCGGGGCCGACAAAGAGGCCAGCGGCGACCACGAAGAGGCCCACUCGUACCACCCAGAAACCGUCGUCGUCUGAGAAACCAUCACGUCCUACCAAAGCGACUACCCCAAGGCCCAAACCAGCUACUUCGCAGAACAUUACGACCAAGAGACCUCAGGUAACAACGAAGCGCCCGAAACCGACUAGAAAAGUCACGACUGUGCCGCCCAGCAGCACGGAAACAAUUUUGUCCGAAGAACAGAGUUCGACCCUGUCGACUACGAGUGAGUCGAGCAACGACGCGGAAACGAAUCAGCCAGAAUUUCGGACUCGAUGUGGUGUGAGACCUCUGGUCUCAAGAGCGGGAAAGAUAGUCGGCGGAAAGGGCGCGCAAUUUGGGGAAUGGCCGUGGCAGGUCUUGGUUCGCGAGGCGACCUGGCUCGGUCUAUUCACGAAAAACAAGUGCGGAGGUGUGCUUAUCACUGAUAAAUAUGUAAUCACAGCAGCUCAUUGCCAACCAGGUUUCCUGGCUUCCCUGGUCGCGGUUUUCGGCGAGUUUGACAUUUCGGGCGAGUUGGAGUCGAAACGCAGCAUAACGAAGAACGUUCGUCGCGUCAUCGUGAAUCGCGGUUACGAUCCGGCGACAUUCGAGAAUGACCUGGCGCUUCUCGAGCUGGAGUCACCGGUGCAGUUCGACGAUCACAUCGUGCCGAUUUGCAUGCCCGAGAACGGCAUCGACUUUACCGGACGGAUGGCGACGGUCACGGGCUGGGGGCGGCUUAAAUACAAUGGUGGAGUCCCGUCGGUGCUACAAGAAGUCCAGGUGCCCAUAAUGGAGAACGCGGUUUGUCAAGAGAUGUUCCAGACAGGCGGACACUCGAAAUUGAUUUUGGAAAGUUUUCUCUGCGCCGGAUACGCGAACGGUCAAAAGGAUUCCUGUGAGGGUGACAGCGGCGGCCCGCUGGUGAUGGAACGACAGGACGGCAGAUGGUUUCUGGUUGGGACCGUUUCUCACGGUAUAAAAUGCGCGUCUCCAUAUCUACCGGGUGUGUACAUGAGGACGACCUACUUCAAGCCCUGGCUGCACAGCAUUACCGGAGUCUGAGGAAACUCGGCAAUUAUUAUCACGUCCUCGUGUGAUUACGUGUGUAAGCGGCACCCGAUGCCAUUCUGUAUAAAUGUACAAAGGAAGUCUAAUUUAUUUCCCUUCGGGAUAGAGCAUACGAAGCUCAAUUAAAUAAUACACUCGCGAAAAUAACCGGACUUGAAAUAUCGGAGUGCUAUCUCGAUAUCUACAUAAUGAUAAGACGCGCUCUCCUACGCAUUUAUUUUAUAUUUUCCAUUAGAGCGCAACGGAAAUAAUAUUUAUAUAAGCAUCGUUUUACGUCGAGCAAGAUUCAUUGUGGAAGCAGUACGAGAAAGGAAAAGAGAGAGAGAGAGAGAGAGGGAGAGGCAAGCAGACCACAACCCUCGAGUUAUUUAAAUUUCGAAAUAGCAUUCUGUGCAAAACUGUCCGCAGCAAGACACUGUUUCUGCAGUGUAGGUUGCAUUUAUGCAUAUCAAUGUUUAAAUUCGUCCUUAUGUGUACACACAGAGUAUUUGCAGAGUCGGCUCUGAAGCACAUUUAAAAUAUCCUUCGGCAAUCCUGAACCGUUAUUUCCAUCGGAACGAUAACAUUGUAUAUUUAUUUGAUAUUCCUUCUACGAUCGAAGAAACGGAUACAAAUAAUUCAUGAUUCGCGUCAAUCCUCUAUAUAGCGUACCUCCUUUUGCCAAUUAAUUCAGAGGUGACUUUUUCUUAACAGAAAUAUUUAGGCCAAAAUUAAAUUUAUUUUUAAUUUAGAUUAAAUUAGAUUUAAAUUAGAUUUAAAUUUAACUCGUUAAAAGAAUCCUUAAUAUUUUCGAUAAUAAUUCCUGAUUUAGAUAUUAUUUAAUCUUGAAUGCACAGCAGUUUCAUUAAGUAAAAAUCGAUUUCAUAAUAAAUUGAUUUCACAGUAAACCGAAUUGGCACCGAUAAAAAAUCUCAUCACCACGCAUGCAAAUUUUAAACUAUCUUGCAUGUAUCAUUGCACGAAUAUAUUUUAAUAUAUCUCAUAUAUUUUUCUUUAUAUUUUACAUCUCUGUCUCUGUCGGAGGAGCGUAUUGUUUGUUCCAUGAAUAUUCGCGUCGGCCGGCUCUGCGAUACAUAAGUACAUAAAGACGAGCUCAAUGCCUUAUUUAUUUCCUUGUUAGAUGUUAUUUAUUAAAUACAUUUUUAUACUAUAACAAUAUGUGUGGCUAUUUUAUUCAUUACCAACACUCCGUAUAUAAAAGAUAUGGUCGAGGAUAUUUUGAUAUCACGGUGCCAUACAUAUCGAGGGAGAUGAUCCUUUCGUUAAAAAUAGCGGCAAAUAUUUUCCAAAUCGAUCGAACUUUUAAUAUCCUGAUUAUCAUUAUAUAUGAACAACGUCAUCGCGGUGAUAAUAUCACUUCUGGUAAUAACGUCAUUUCCGGUGUUUCCCAUAAUUUUUCUUAUCGCUUGUAAUUUGACAAAGGUUUAUAGCGUCGAUUAAAAUUUUAAAACUGUAGCACGUAUCUGUUUUAUGUCCAUUUUAUACAACAAAAAUCGAAAAUUCAGAAUUAAAAUAUCGUCAGCGAUUUUACAUUAUUUUAAUCCUGUGCUUAUAUGAUAAAUGGGCGGAUUAUA